AUGUCGGACAAAAGUGACUUAAAAGCAGAACUGGAGCGCAAGAAGCAGCGCCUCGCCCAGAUAAGGGAGGAGAAAAAGCGAAAAGAAGAAGAAAGGAAGAAGAAAGAGGCAGAGAGCCAGCAGAAAACAGAGCCCACCUCAGAGGACUCGGACUUGGACCGCAAGCGUCGAGAAACCGAGGCCCUGCUGCAGAGUAUCGGCAUUUCACCCGAGCCUCCUUUAGGUCUUUAUCUCCUUCAUAGACUUAACCUUACAACUCGCAUUUUCAUUAUUUCAGUGCCAAAUCCAUUGUCCCCAUCCAAAUCAAUGAGCACACCCAGUGAAACGGAGAGUCAGGAUUCAGCUGAUGGCGGAGCAGCAGGCAGGACCCUGCAAUGGGACACAGACCCUUCUGUGCUACAACUGCAAGCCGAUUCUGAGCUUGGACGAAGGAUGCAGAAGCUGGGGGCCUCCAAGAUCACACAAGUUGAUUUCCAACCAAAAGAAUUGGUCUUAUACAGCAAAGAGACACAAACACCGCUCACUGCUCAUCUAUCUGAAGAGGAGGAAGAUGAGGAUGAAGAACUCAUGGAAACCAAGACAGGCCUGGAGUCGGAACCGCAGGAUGAAGAUGAGAAGGAAAUGAUUAAAAAGCUUCCGCCAAGCUCUUUCCCUGUGCUGCGGGAGUUGACGGAGGAGGAGAGGCAGCAAAUCCUCCACUCGUCAGAGUUUCAGAAUUUCUUCGACUGCAGCAUCCGGGUGAUGGAGAGAGCUUUGGCCGAAAGUGGCGAUAUCUUCUUCGACUACAGCGGCAGAGCCCUGGAAGACAAAGACGGGGAUCUGGCAGGAGGCUCCAGCUUGUGCUUCACCCGACUUUUCUACGAUGAACAUUGGUCAAAACAUCGUGUCGUCACCUGUCUUGACUGGUCCCCUCAAUAUCCAGAGUUGCUCGUCGCCUCCUACAACAACAACGAAGAUGCUCCCCAUGAACCAGAUGGCGUCGCCCUCGUAUGGAACAUCAAAUUCAAAAAGGCCACACCGGAGUACAUCUUUCAUUGUCAGUCUCCGGUGGUGUCGGUGGGUUUUGCCAGAUUUCACCCAAACCUCGUGGUGGGUGGGACCUACUCGGGCCAGAUCGUAUUGUGGGACAACCGCAGUCAUAGACGGACCCCGGUUCAGAGGACGCCACUGUCCGCUGCUGCACACACUCACCCCGUUUACUGCGUCAAUGUAGUUGGCACUCAGAACGCCAACAACCUGAUCACCGUUUCUACAGAUGGAAGGAUGUGCUCUUGGAGUUUGGACAUGCUUUCUCAGCCCCAGGAGAGCAUGGAACUCGUGUAUAAUAAAUCCAAACCAGUAGCAGUGACCGCAAUGGCCUUCCCGACAGGAGAUGUUAACAACUAUGUAGUAGGUAGCGAAGAAGGAACUGUUUACACUGCAUCCAGACAUGGCAGUAAGGCGGGGAUCUGCGAGAUGUUUGAAGGCCACCAAGGGCCUGUGACGGGGAUCAGCUGUCACAACGCUGUAGGCACUGUGGACUUUUCCCACCUGUUUAUCACUUCCUCCUUUGAUUGGACGGUCAAAUUGUGGAGCACGAAGCAAAACAAACCUCUCUACUCUUUUGAGGACAACGCCGACUACGUCUAUGAUGUGAUGUGGUCGCCCGUGCACCCCGCAAUCUUCGCCUCGGUGGACGGCAUGGGCCGCCUCGAUCUGUGGAACCUCAACAACGACACGGAGGUACCGACAGCCAGCGUGACGAUCGAAGGCGCGUCGGCGCUCAACAGAGUGCGGUGGUCAUCCGGAGGGAAAGAAGUGGCCGUGGGUGACUCGGAAGGCCGAGUGUGGGUCUACGAUACUGGAGAGAUGUCGGUGGCCCGUAACGACGAAUGGAGCCGCUUUGCCCGCACGCUAAUGGAGAUCCGCGCCAACCGCGCAGAUGGCGAGGAGGAGGGGCCUAUGGAGCUGGCGUCAUAG